UCCCAAGGUUUUUCACCACCAUGACCCGAAGAACAAUGGGGAGGCCUUAUGGCUUCCUUCUCCUCUUCUUAUUUAUCAUUUUCGUCAUUGUACAUUCUGCAGCCGGUCUCACUAAUGAGGAAACUUCGUUUCUCACCAAACGUCAACUUUUGGCUUUGUCAGAAAAUGAAGACCUUUCUGAUGACAUGGAAUAUGAAGUCGAUUUAAACCUCAAGUUUGCUAAUACCCGACUUAAAAGGGCUUAUAUUGCCCUUCAAGCUUGGAAAAAAGCAAUAUACUCUGAUCCCUUUAACACCUCAGCUAACUGGAUCGGUCAAAACGUGUGUUCUUAUAAAGGUGUAUUCUGUGCGCCGGCGCUUGAUGACCAAAGCAUAAUGGUUGUAGCAGGAAUCGAUAUUAACCAUGCAGAUAUAGCUGGUUAUUUGCCUCCUGAGCUAGGUCUAUUAACCGAUGUCGCAUUGUUUCACGUCAAUUCUAACAGAUUUUGCGGAGUAAUUCCAAAAAGCUUGUCAAAGCUAACGUUAAUGUACGAAUUUGACGUGAGCAAUAACCGUUUUGUUGGUUCAUUUCCGAUGGUUGCUCUUUCUUGGCCAUCUUUGAAGUUUCUUGACAUAAGAUACAACGACUUUGAAGGAAAACUUCCAGCAGAGAUCUUCAAUAAGGAUCUUGAUGCUAUUUUCUUGAACAACAAUAGAUUCGAGUCGAUCAUCCCUGAGACAAUUGGGGAAUCGACUGCUUCUGUCGUGACAUUUGCUCAUAAUAAAUUCAGUGGUUGUAUCCCAAAAACCAUAGGGCAUAUGAAGAACCUCAACGAAAUUGUAUUUAUUGGGAACAAGUUGAGUGGUUGUUUCCCAAACGAGAUCGGUUCGCUGAACAAUGUGACAGUAUUUGAUGCGAGCAACAAUGAUUUUGUUGGAAGUUUGCCGUCGAGCUUGUCAAGCUUAGCCAAUGUGGAACAAAUGGAUUUUUCAUUCAAUAAGCUCACCGGAUUUGUCACAGACGAUGUAUGCAAAUUGCCAAAAUUGUCUAACUUUACAUUUUCUUACAACUUCUUCAAUGGAGAGGCUCAAAGUUGUGUUCCCGGAACAAGUCAAGACAAACAAUUCGAUGAUACAAAUAAUUGCUUACAAAAUAGACCAAAACAGAAGCCUGCUAACGAAUGUUUGCCGGUGAUUACUCGUCCCGUGGAUUGUAGUAAAGACAAGUGUGCUGGUGGUGGUGGUGGUGGUGGAGGGGGCGGCGGAUCUAGCCCAUCACCAAAGCCAACACCUAACCCACCAAAAUUGGAAGAGCCAUCUAAACCAAAACCAGAAGAAUCUCCCGAACCACAACAACCUAGUCCAAAACUUGAGACACCAAAAACAUCAGAGCCUUCUAAGCCAAAGGAACCUAAGCCAGACGCACCAAAACAGCAAUCUCCUAAACCAGAAUCACCAAAACAUGAGUCACCAAAAUCAGAACAGCCGAACCCCAAACCUGAGUCACCAAAACAAGAGUCUCCUAACCAACAACCACCAAAAACAGAGACGCCACAAAUGGGGUCACCGCCAGUAAAACCACCAGUAUCAAAUGAUCCGUACGAAGCAUCUCCUAUUAAAAAACGACGUCCUCAACCACCGUCAACCGAAGAAAUACCAUCAUCACAGUCUCCAACACCUCAUGUAUUUUCACCUCCUCCUCCAGUACAUUCUCCUCCACCACCUCCGGCAUACUCUCCCCCACCACCAGUUUAUCCGCCACCACCUCCAGUGUACUCUCCUCCUCCACCAGUAUACUCCCCCCCACCGCCAGUUCACUCUCCGCCACCGCCUGUCCAUUCUCCGCCACCACCAGUCCAUUCACCACCACCACCGGUCCACUCUCCGCCGCCACCAGUCCAUUCACCACCACCGCCAGUCCACUCUCCUCCACCACCAAUCCACUCUCCGCCGCCACCACCAAUUUUCUCCCCACCACCACCUACACCAAUCUACUCUCCACCACCACCACCAGUUCAUUCACCGCCUCCACCAGUCCAUUCUCCACCACCACCACCAGUCCACUCGCCACCGCCUCCAGUUCACUCUCCACCCCCUCCGGUUCACUCCCCACCGCCUCCAGUGCAUUCUCCUCCGCCUCCAGUCCACAGCCCUCCACCUCCAUUACCUGUCUAUUCUCCUCCUCCUCCAGUUUUCUCACCGCCACCAAAACCUACGGCAAUUAUAUCACCGACAACAUCUCCAAUGGCAAAUGUUCCAACACCUUCGUCGGAGACAGACGAAGACUCAUCACCAGUUCAGGCCCCAACCUCAGAAACUGAGACCGUCGAGGGACCAACAGAAUCAGAUCAAUCACCAGUGUUCGGUUCAAGUCCUACUUUGACACCAACUCCACUUUCUCAGCCAGAUGUAGCUCCAUUACCGUCUGGUGAACAAGUCGAAGCACCAUCACCAUCAACACAACCACCAGUUAUAACUGCACCACCAUCAAAAAAAGAUGAUGACAACGAUAGUUUCAUUCUCCCACCAAACAUUGGAUUUCAAUAUGCGUCACCACCACCACCAAUGUUCCCCGGUUACUAAACCAACCAACCAUUUUUAAUAUUAUUUUGUAUCAAAUUUGUUUCAAAAUAUACAUUCACAAAUUUGUUCACCGUAAUAUGUAAGUAGAUGAGUUUUAUAAGUAACAUUUCCAAAAUGAACUGUAAACAUUUAUGUAACUUUAUGUCUAGCGUAAAUUCAUCACAUUUUUUUUUGAAC